AUGACACUCUGGGAUAUUGGCGUGGCUUCCUUCUGUCUAACAUCUUCAGCCUAUCUUUACUUACUACGACACCAACAGAACAGCUCACUCGUUUCUACGGGCCUCCCCUCAACUGCUUACAUCCUCACCAAUCAGGUCAUACAUGCCCGCCUGCUCCCUCUAGAAUCUAAGCAUGCGUUCAGCUACCAGACUAUGUCACUGCUCCUCUCUUUAUCCGCUCUAGAGAGCCAGGCUCUGAACUGUGGUUGGUGGGGUGUGAUAUUUGGUUAUCCGGGUAUAUGGGGUCGAAUGACUGGCAUUCGUCCACAAGCCUAUCUUAAGGAUCAAAUAGGUCCAGGAGCUUUUUCGCCAAGCAUACGCGAGAAGUUAGCCGACCUUUUGCGCAAGAGCAAUAUGAAACUAGGAGAAGUGUGGAUGAUGACAAUGCCCAGCUUCAUGGGCUUCGAGGGAAUCAAUCCGUUGACAGUUUAUUUUUGUUAUGAAGAAGGGAAAACGAAUCUUUGGGGGGUAGUGUUAGAGGUUCACAACACAUUUGGCGAAAGACACGCCUAUAUUCUUCAGGUUGGGAAAAAUGAGGACGAGAAGGAUGAAAAAAGUAAAGGGUAUGAUCACCAGUGGACAUUUGCUCGGCAAUUUCACGUCUCUCCUUUCAACGAUCGGUCAGGGCAUUACGUAUGCUCAGUUGUUGUACCUUCACACCCACCUCCUGUGAUUUCUUUCUCGCCGAAAUUCACAACCAGACCUCGUCCAGUGAUCCGCCUGCAUCUUGUCACUGCUCCUCCUUCUCCCGAGGUCAAACUUGUUGCAUUACUUCGUCCAACCAUAUCAGAACCACUCACAGCUACGAAUCUUCUUGCUUCUCUUGCUCUUCCUCCUCGCCGCUCUCAGUCAUCUGGCUCCCACCUAUUGACGGCUAUUCCAGAACCCUCUCCAGCCCCUUGGUCAACACUUCCAUUCGGAGCAACCUUGCUUUUGACAUCAUUGCGAAUCAUUUAUCAAGCCGCUUUGCUUCACUAUCAACGAGGCCUUGCAGUGUUUGCGCGACCCGAGCCUGUAGCGGGCCCUGGCCGCGAAUGGGUUGAACAUGCUCUUGGCGGGGUGUGGAAUGAUGUACAGCCCUCAGAUGGUGAUAGAAUCGUAACAGGAGGUAGUAUUGGCUGGCAAUCUGAGUCGUCGACCGAGAGAUGGGCUAGGGAAAGGUUCGAAACAAGGAUGCACACAAUCGGAACGAAGUUACGAAUAAAGUUGCGCAUAGCGUCAACGAAUCCCCUUGUCACAGUCAUUUUGCUUGGCUCACAAGAAAGCCAUGUACGCGAAUUAGUUCUGUGCUAUCGAUCCCCCCGUACAUGGACAGCAAUUCUUAUCGCACCAACAGCGACCCACGCACUCGAGGUUGGAUCCAGAGCCGAACAUUGGUUCGGUGUUUCAGAUGAAUCUUUAUUCAAAGAGCUAUGGGAUGAGGGCUCAUCUUUGGACGGACAAAGCCAGAUUGCCAAGAUAGUUGGGUUAAUGCGCACCCAUCUGGCCUAUUUGCCAAACACUGCGAAAACAAGUUUAACUUUGCCACAACCACCUUACACAUCCCAUCCUCUCGAUUCGCCACCGUCAUUCUCGUUGCUUGCGCACGUCUGUCUGCUUUAUAUAUCAUCUCACGCAGAACGCCUCGUUUUUGGUAUUACUAGGGCGAGCUACAGCAGAGGUGGACCUAACGGAGCGAAGCCCACACUCGGAUUGGGAGCAUGGUUUAAUUUAACUGGGCACAAUUUUGUGGUCUUAUGCAUUGCACCAGCUGAUAGCACUGGCUGGAUAUCUAUGUCUCGGGGGGAUUUUGUGGUUUUACCUUCUUCAGACUCAUCUUGUCUCAAUAGUACCCAUAAUCUAGCUGGCUUAUCUGAGUCCCAGGGUGCUUUGAGUACCUCACUGCAACAGUUCCGAUCAAGCGUUAUUAGUGCCAUAACAGCUUCGGCCAUUUCCCCUACCUCUGGCGUGAUAAUCACUUCAGUCGUUGCGUCCACCGCUGACCCGACUGGUGAAGCAACCGCAACUGCAUCUCCAAUUUCUGGUUCCAAAAGCCUCGGUCGUAUACUGGGACCAAUAUUGGCCUCGCUCUUUGCGGUGUUAUUAUGCCUUGUUGUAGGUAUAUGUCUCAUUCGCCGCCGUCGCAAACGUAAACAGGAAGGUCACAUCCCUCUGGUUUCUACCUCGGCAUUCGAUUUGCUCGAUGGAGAGGGGGCGAGACCCACUCGUCCUAGGGUUAUUGUCCAAGAAAUACAUGAGCUCAGAGCUGAGCCAAAUGUGAUGAACCCUGCAAACACGACAACAAACGCAAAUGCGACCAGAGUUGUGCCCAGAAACCAACUUCGAUUACACAACGGAACUGCCCCAAAUUGGCCCAGUACAGUGAAAAACAGAGAGAGUGCGGUGCCUCCAGUACCAGAGGCGACCGAACAAGCACCACCCACGCCAACGACACAGGCUCAAGAUCAAAGAACCUUGGAGCAACGUGCUGAACAGUUAUCCCCGCCCGAGUUGGAACGCUUAGCGGCCCUUGUCGCACGAAGGUUAGAACGUGUGAGAGGAGCGCCCCCGCAAUAUCAAGCAACAGAGGGUAUUGGAGUGUAG